AUGUUCACUCCAAUUCACACGUCGCUGGGCGCUCUCCUUCUCUUCCAAGGCUCGUCCGGCCUCCUUCUCCACAACGGCGCCGUCUUCGGCAUCUCGUCCCUCCUGUCGGGCAGUGUCUUCGGUCCAAGUCGUGACAAUGUGCCAAUUGUUGCAGGCUUGGUGUCCAGCGUGGCUCCGGUGUAUCUCCUGGCACCGUCGCUGAUCCCGAGUUAUCCGGCGUCUCUGCAUUCCUGGGCCUCCGUGGCUUCAACGUUCGGAGUCGGGUGCCUCUUAGGCUGGGGAACAAAGAAUGGUCGCGGCUGUACCUCGGGACACAUGCUGUGUGGUCUUUCGCGGCUCUCGGCGCGCUCGUUGAUCUCAACCGCGGUUUUCUUCACAACCGCCUUGCUCACCGCAAAUUUUGCGGCAGGAGGAUCCAAUAUCUCCUCGUGUGGUGCGAUACCAUGCUAUACGCCGGUAUAUCCGUCUUCAUCGGAGUUGGUUUUCAUGGUCACCGCAACAGUAAUCUCAAGCAUCACCAACAUGCUGAUCAUCCCUCGAGUCCUCCGUCCAUCAGUGGAAGCAAGAACUGUGUUCUCCUUUCUGGCAGGACUGGAGUUUGGUAUGGGUCUUCUGAUUUCGGGAAUGGCCGACCCGGCCAAGGUUCUCCGCUUCUUCGCCUUUCUGACCGACCCGUCUCGGUUUGACCCGUCAUUGGCGCUGAUCAUUGUGUUCGGGAUUGGACCAUCCUUAAUCACGUUUUUGACUAAGAAGCCUGGCCAAUUCGUGGAAAAGGGGAAGCCGGGUGCAAAACCUACCCUGGCCGAGGGAUGGAGACUCCCUACAGCUACCGUAGCGGAUAUUGACUGGCGCUUCAUGGCCGGGGCCGUGGCAUUUGGUCUGGCCUGGGGUUUGAGAGGAGUGUGCCCCGGCCCAGCUAUUUUGCGAACAGUCCUCGAGCCAGCGUGGGGGCUUGUGACGAUGGGCGGGUACAUGCUGGGAAAUCUGUUUUAA